CGCGCUCGACUACAACAUGCUGACAGGAUCCAUUCCCUCCACGAUCACAAAGCUCACUGCUCUUACUUUCUUAUUUCUCGCGAAUAACCAGCUCACCAACUCCAUCCCUGCUGGCAUUGGCUCGCUGACAAAGCUGGUAACCCUAGACGUUUCAAGCAACAACCUGUCUGGCAGCAUUCCUGCUACCAUCAGCACACUCACCCAAAUUUCUCUCCUAUCCCUCUGGAAUAAUCAGCUAGUGGGUUCAAUCCCUGUGGAAAUUGGAUCUCUACUAUCUCUCACAUGCCUCCAAAUCCAACACAACAUGCUGUCAGGAUCUGUGCCCUCCUCGAUUUCAAAGCUCACUGCUCUUACUUUCCUGUCUCUCACGAGCAACCAGCUCACUAGCUCCAUCCCCGCUGACAUUGGCUUGCUGACGAAGCUGGUAGUCAUGAGUCUCGGUAACAAUCAGCUCACCGGUUCCAUUCCUGCCGGGAUUGGUAACAUGACCGAACUAGUAUAUCUGUCCUUCAGGAAUAAUCAACUCACGGGUUCAAUCCCUUGGGAUAUUGGCUCUCUACUAUCUCUGACAUCCCUCCAUCUCGGGGACAACAUGCUGUCAGGAUCAAUGCCCUCCUCGAUCACAAAGCUCACCGCUCUUACUUACUU